AUGUAAAAAACAAGUGCAGAUUGUUUAAUUAAUGGAAUCAAUUGUAGUACUUGUAUUGAUACUUAAAAUUAAACAACUCCUUCAUGUAAUUGUGUUGAUGGAUACAUAAUGAAUACUUCAACAUCCUUAUGCGAUUAAUGUUAACAUCCAUGCGCUACAUGCUAAACAACAGUAGAUUAUUGUUUAACAUGUGCUGCAACAUAUACUAUAGAUUCGAAUACUCAUACAUGUUCAUGCUUAACUAGUUAAUAUGAAGUAAAUGUUACACCAUAAAAAUGUUAAAAUUGUACGAGCCCAUGUGCAACUAAUUGUGGAUCAUGUGUAAUUGGAUUAAAUCAAAAUCUAAAAACUAACUAAUUUGUUUGUGAUGAUUGA